AUGCUCAUACUCAUCCUCCAGAAGGAUGUCCACAAACGGAUUACUUACCAUCAGAGACUCUCCAAAAGGAAUGGCGUUAGAGAAGAGGAUUCCGGCUGGUACUGGGACCCACCGGCGCAGACGUCUCAAGUCACCGAUCAUGACAUUGAAAAUGAGUACAAAAUGCAAAUACGCACGCUACAACAGGAAUUAUCCUCCCUGAAGGAGCGCGAAGAUAGCGUCGUUGAUCCAAAUAGUGAAGUAGUUCGUUUGAGAGAGGAAAAUUCAAAUCUUAUGAAAAAUCUAGAAGAUUUGGACAGUCAGCAUCGGUUAGCUAUGGAGAAACUACUCACAUUGAAGAAAGAGUUACAAAAGAAUUUUGAAGUCCUAAAGCGGGAACACGAAGAAUUGAAAAAUUCUAACGAAGAAUACAAUCACGAGAUCAAAACCUUACUUUUAAGAAUUGAUGAACGCGAUAAAGAAAUAGAAUGUUUAAAACCUCUUAGAUGCGAAGAUUUGGACAAAAGUCUAACAAUCCAAUUGGAAACUGUGAAGAAAUUGACUGCCGAAAAUGCGCAGCUAUCAGAACAAGAACAUAACUCGUCAAGAGAAUUGGAACGACUAAGGCAACACUUGAUGGAGAUGGAAGAAAACUACACCCAAGAGCUAAUGACAUCAGAGCAGAAGCUUAGUGAAUGUCAAGUGAGACUUCAUCAAGUGGAGGAAAAAGCUAAACAGACGAGUACUGUUUACACCAGCAAUAGCAUACGGGCCAAUCAGGAAGUAGAAACAUUACGUAAUCAAAUUAAGCUUCUGGAAAAGCAAAGAGAAGAAGUUCAGGCUAGGUUGAGCGAAGCAGAGGACGUCAGAAGUAGAAGCGAAGCUGCUCUAACCAACCUUCAAGUAGUUCUGGAACAGUUCCAAUUGGAGAAAGAAAGAGAUAUAGCCGCCGCCACAGAGAAGAUAAGAAAAAAAAUGGAAGAUACAAAAAAUCUAAAUCAAAGAUUACAAGAUGAGAUAGCAAGGCUCAAUGCUAAGUUGGAAGAAUCAUUAGCGGGCUUACAGGCUGCAUCAAGGCUGGGUGACCAAGUUGAAACGAAAACCGCACAAAUUAACGAUUUGAAGGAACAAGUACGAAUACUCCAGACUUCAGUGACGGCGGCCGAAGAACGCUACUAUAACGCGAUAUCGAAUCAGCAGGACAAGGUGGACAAAAACCUGGUCAAAAAUCUGAUCAUCAACUACGUUUUGGCAGCGGCCCAGAGCAGUAUGAACAAGACACAAGUCCUGCGAGUUCUGUCGACGGUCCUAGAUUUCAACCAGCAAGAGUGCGAGAAGCUGGGCCUCGUCAGACCCUCCAACGUCACCGACAGCCUCGCCGCUGAGUUCGUCAAGUUUCUGCAAAACGAGUCGAAGCCGCGCGCGCAACUGCCGAACAUGAUGAAUCUGGGCCAGUCUAGGAGCACCACGCCCACUUCCAGAAGGAGUUCCACCAUGGGUCCGAACCCGGUGUCCGACCCGGGCCACCGGCGGAACCCGUCCACCGGCUCCAACAACCUGCUCUUCCACAAUCUGGAGGGCGACGCCGCGUCCCAGAGGUCGGCCGACUCCGAGCCGAGGGUGGUGCCGCUGAGCCAGAUGGACACCGGGGUCAACCAGACCAGGAACAGCGAGGGGGCGAUUCUGAAGCACGUGCUGAAGGACAUG